CAAUAAAAUGCGCCAGUCUCAAAUGUAAACACUGCGAGCUCGGCUCACAUUAUCCAGCUCCUCCAACACGCACUCUCGCAGCCUCACCACAUUUGCAUAUUGCUAAGACUUUUUUUUCCACAAAGACUUCCCGCCGAUUUGCAUAUUCUUAUAUUCUGUUCCCAAAGAAUGAUCAUGGCAGUUUAGUGCAAAAGGCGCCUUCAGGAAGCGGCUUCUCUGGAUUGUUUUUAUUAUUUUGCUGUUUCUCAAAAAUAUUUUUGAUGUACGAGGAACAAGUGGUUCCAAAGGAUCCGAUUGGACUGUGUGCAUAUAUAUUUUCUAAAAAGUCUGAUUUAUUUAAAAGAUGGUGUCCAAAUUGACAUCUCUCCAACAGGAGCUUUUGAGCGCCUUGCUUAGCUCCGGAGUCUCCAAAGACGUACUGAUUCAGGCUUUGGAAGAUUUAGAACCCUCUCCAAGUUUCGAGGUGAAGUUGGAGAACCUGCCCGUGUCUCCUCUGAAGAUGAACGGCUCGGGUUCGGAGAGCAAGGCCGUCUUCCAUUCCCUGACCAAUGGGCACGGCAAAGGCAAGUUAUCCGGAGACGAGGGCUCGGAAGACGGCGAGGAUUACGACACACCUCCCAUUCUGAAGGAACUGGAGUCUCUGAACACGGAGGAGGCAGCGGAGCAGAGAGCCGAGGUGGACAGAAUGCUAAGGGAAGACCCGUGGCGAGCGGCGAAGAUGAUCAAAGGUUACAUGCAGCAGCAUAACAUUCCCCAGCGGGAGGUGGUGGACGUGACGGGCCUGAACCAGUCUCACCUCUCGCAGCAUCUGAACAAGGGCACCCCGAUGAAGAACCAGAAACGGGCUGCCCUCUACACCUGGUACAUCAGGAAGCAGCAGGAGAUUCAGAGACAAUUCAACCAGACUAUCCAGAAUACUGGAAACAAUAUGACAGACAAAAGCAGGCCAGAUCAGCUGCUGUUUCUCUUUCCAGAGUUCAAUCAGCAAGACCAGGCCUCGGGGCAGGCUGAGGAGGCGGGCACUGAACCUGCCAACAAGAAGAUGCGUCGCAACAGGUUUAAAUGGGGACCAGCAUCCCAGCAAAUAUUAUACCAGGCUUAUGAAAGACAGAAGAAUCCCAGCAAAGAGGAACGGGAAGCAUUAGUGGAGGAGUGCAACAGAGCCGAAUGCAUACAACGUGGUGUGUCUCCUUCUAAAGCACAUGGACUGGGAUCGAAUCUGGUUACAGAAGUCAGAGUGUAUAACUGGUUUGCCAACCGAAGGAAGGAAGAAGCUUUCCGCCAGAAACUAGCCAUGGACGCGUACAAUGUUCAGUCGCACAGCAUGAACCCACUGCUGUCCCACAGCUCUCCGCAUCAUCCACCAAACUCCUCCCCCUCAAGUAAGCACGGCCACUCGCUGCCCGGUAUCUUCCUUCAUGAAGGAAGUCAAGGUGCUCUUGGCUAUGAACAUCUCCACAACUAUCAGUGCCCCAACAUGGCCAGCUGGCAGGAGGUGCUACUCAGUCAGGGAGUGCGGUAUGGCCAGCAAGGUACCAAUGAAGUCCCCUCUUCCACGGCAAUUAGCCACCAUGGUAACAGCGCCAUGGUAACAAGCCAAACUGUCCUACAGCAAGUCUCACCAGCGAACCUGGACCCAGGCCACAGUCUGCUGUCACCUGAUGGCAAGAUGAUUACUGCCGCUGGUGGACCCCUGCCUCCGGUCAGCACGCUGACAAAUAUCCACAGCCUGUCACAGCCGCCGCAUCACAAUCACCAACAAACGCAGAACCUCAUCAUCAACCCGCUCUCUGGAGUCAUGGCGAUAGCACAAAGUAUAAGCACAUCACAAGGGCAGAGUGUCCCUGUUAUUAACAGCGUCACAGCCGGGAGUCUGGCAGCUUUACAACCUGUACAGUUUUCACAGCAACUCCACAGUCCACACCAGCAGCCCAUCAUGCAGCAGUCUCAGAGUCACAUGUCACAGCAACCCUUCAUGGCCACCGUGACCCAGCUGCAGAACUCUCACAUGUACACACAUAAACCAGAUCCUCCCCAGUAUUCCCACACUGCACGUUUCCCAUCAGCUAUGGUCGUCACAGAUACAGGAAGCAUCAGUGCGCUAGCAAGCAUGUCCUCCAACAAGCAGUGUCCUCUACAAGCCUGGUGAUGCUCCAAACCCUUCCAGCCUGCUAAUCAGAGAAAGCAACGUUCAAAAAACAAAAUGGUUUUCAUAACAGCUCUCUGGUAUCUACAGAGACCAGGGAAAACUCACUGAGCCAACCAGUAGAUGGUAUGAUUUCAUGGAGCACACCAAGCCUGGCCUCGUCUGUGACUAAUUCCUUAGCACAUUGACAGAGAACAAGGUGACAUAAACUAUAGCCUGAAAUUCUUGCUAGGACAAUAUACUCCCACAGACCAAAAGCAUCCUGUUUCAGAUCACGCUAUGGUUUGCACAGGUCUAAUGUAAGAACAAAAGUAAUGAAAGAGUUUUAAAGAAUUAGAUUUAUCUUUUUCAAACUCAAAAAAAAUCUUUGCAGAGAAAUAUCCUUUUAUCUGUUACUGGAAGUUUGUAAGACACCUGUACAGUUAAAUCAAACUGUGAACAUUAAAUGAAGACAGAUCACAGUAAAGUACUAAAGAAGGAAGCCUUAGGAAGUGAGCACAGGAAUCUUGAUUGUUCUGAUUAAAUGGAGUUUCCAAGAUUGCCGACACCUUGUAUUAGGAAAGCUGGAUCGACUCAAUGGAUUUCAAAUGUGCGAACUGUAUAGUCCCUUCUAAAGUUGUGAAGAAAAAGAUUGAUGUUCCUGGGAGCACAGUUCAACAUAAUACCCAUGUCUCAUUAUGGUAGCAACGAAUUGACUAAAAGAGGAACACAUUUGAUCAGUGUUGAACUUCACUUUUGAAACUGAUACACCUUUACAGAGAUGGAAAACUGUUGAGGAUUUGCAAUGAAAGCAAUCAAUAGAGAUUGUAGCUUCAUCCAGAAGCCCUGAAGGCUUGAUUAUUCCAGAUUACAUACAAUCAUAAAGGGCUACUGUUUCCAAUCUUAAUACAUGUGGAUUUUGGAUGGGAAGAUGAAAAUUGUUCAGGGCAAUGCCGGAAAGCAUAGAUUUCUUUACCUAGAAGCCAGUCCCUGCCUGUGUGAUAUGUAGUACCAGCCAUCUCUUCCAGUGGUUUAGAUUCACCAGUGGCUGUAAAUUGGUAGAGAAUGUAGUUGGGCUGCUCCUAUCUACAGUGUUACUCUUGAACAUAUCAUUCCCGCAAUAAUGCUCCAUGUGUGCUUGUAUUCUCUUGUUUUCACUCCCAACAUCAGCCAGCAUGAAGUCCAUCCCAGAAACUGUUGGAGGAGGGCAGUUCUUUUACCUGUCUGUGCUCCCAAAGCCAUUAAAUGCAUUUUAAUGUGACAUUUACAGGGCAUACUUUGGUGGGAAUCAAACUCAUUUGACUUUACCUUUCAGAAAUGAUUCAAGAUUCAUUCAACUAUUUUUUCCCCAAUAACAUAGCAGGUGUUAAAUAUAAUUGCCCAGCUCAUACUUAGAUCGAUUUCAGCAGCUGUAGAAUGGCUGUCAGGUGAAUCAAUGCAGCGGCUGAUCCUUGGAUUCAGAUCUGGCAGAAGCUGGUGGUGUAGAAGUUGGAGCCUAUCUGAAAUAGGAUUUCAUUUCACUCUAUGAAAUAAUUAGUAGUGUUAAAUUUGCAAUAUAGUGGCAUUUGGGUGUUGUACUUCAUUCCAAGAUUUGUUUCAAUGGGCUUCAAUGGAAGUGGAGUGUAAAAUGCAAAUGGUUCCCUCUUCAGUGCUACUGAAUGGAAGGCUGACUUCUUUUGAUUCCUACUUCUUCCAGCCACAUUCAACUUGAACACUGUACAAAGAAGAUUGUUCAGAAUUGUUAAUGUAUAAUUUUCUCACAAAUACACAAGCAAUAUACAAGUGAGACUGAAACCUUCCCCAGCAAGGAAUCUAGAAAUCAUUGCCUGGUAUCCUUCCAUCUUUUCAGUUCCCCAGUAUGCACAACCAGUCACAUCAACCAGCUUUGUUGAGCGAUACUGGCUCUUUGGGUGUGAUGGCCGAUGAGGAAAGAUCCCAUGCUAUUGACCAGAGAAGUUGACACCUCCUGUUGUCUGAAUGUAUGAGUGAAGAGUGAUACUUCACAAGUCACCCAUCUGUAGCCUUGACUUACAGCUGAACAGGAUUACGAGGUAGAGAUAUAUAAAAAUUGGCUUGGGGGAGGUAAGAUUAAUUGUUUAAAAAAAAUUGAAGUGAUAUUAGAGCUCAGGGUGAUAACUUUCCUAAUCAGAAGGUCUUGACUUAGUCCCAAAGCAAUUUGUCACUCAGCUACCCUGUCUUAUUGGGGUAAAUGUCACCAAUGCUGACAGAUAUUGCUGGUUUGUUGGAAAAGUUGCAGUACAAUGCUCAGUCCUUAAGGAAGCAGAAGACAGGCAUUAACGACUUGACUGAUUUGAUGAUUACCAAUUAACAUUGUAUUAAUUAGUUUCUCAUUGGAUAAUAGAUUGUUAGAAGACCAGAAUAUUUCACAACCACCCCCCCCACCCCCC